AUGUUGUACGGUGGACUUCCGGGGACACCAAGCGAGACGUCAUCGUCGUUGCCAUCGCGCGCGUCCGACUGCGUGCUGAUUUUCGAGAUCGCUGCCUCUGCCGGCCGAUCCUCCUCUUCCGAUCCGAUGCAGAAAAAUAUGCCGACGUUGGACCGGGUCUUUGCCCGGUCCUUUUACACAUACGGCUGUUGUGUCUACCGCUACCGGUGGCUGUUCCUCGUCACUCCGUGUCUGCUGGCGGUCGUGCUUUCCUCAGGCAUCUUCUUGCUGCCCAGCCGCGUGCGCAAGAACAGCGUUGAGACCUUCACGCCCACCGAUGGCGCGUCCAUCUACGAGAAAGCGGUCAUCAACAACUUGUUUCCUCUUCUACCGAAUCGCUACUUGCCAGGAAAAUUCUUCUCCAUCGAAAACUGGGUUCAAAUCAUCGUUGUGACGAAAGACAGGGGCAACUUCUUGCGGGAGGAAGUGAUCAACGCCUCCCGGCGUUUUAACGAUGAAGUGAUGCAUAAUUUAUCCGUCUGGUCGGACAGUCUUCAGAAGAAUCUGACGUUCUUCGAUCUGUGUCUCCGUUGGGACAACCAGUGCUUCGAAAACUCCCAUCUAAAUUUGCUGGCAAUGAAGGAUAACAUCGAGGAAUUUGUUCGCGUUACCUACCCCGUUACAAGAACGGUCGACAAUCCGACUUACUUGGGCACGAGUAUCGGAGGUAAAACUUUUUCUUUGUUUCUCUCCCGUGUACUGCAAACUCUAACCUCAUUUCUCAUGAGUGUUCGAAUUUGUCUUUUUACGUUUAAUUUGGUAUUGCUCUUCCGUGCAAUGAAGUCUACGAAAUUUAUUUCAGUUCAAUUACUAUAAAC